AAGUAUCGUAAGAAGAUUUCGAUUUCCCUUCUGGGUAUUAUGUUUCAGUUUAUUGUAGACUACAAUUAGUUGCCGGUGUUGUUGUGGAAACAGUCAGCCGAGGAGUCACUAUGGUGCUUGCAAGGAUAGCUUUGACCGUCUUGUCUUUAUUCGUUGCAGGCGUCGAAGCAAAGCAGUGCAAGGUGAAACAUGAAACUAUUACCUGCUUCUUCGGAUGCUGUAAAGCCUCCUUCAGCAACGGCUGCUGCCUACCGAAUCAGUUUGGUUUCUUCCUCGUCAUGGUCGUGAUCGUGUCGAUCACCUUCAUCGUCGCUGCCUGCAUACAUUGCUGUCGAAGACGUCCCACCUACAUGGCUAUACCUGGAGCAUACCAGCAAACAAUGUGGUAUUCCCGACCACACGUAUCAUAUGACUACCCUCCAGGAAUUCCAUCUAUGGCGACCUCCCUUGGCUACCAACAGCACAAUGCAUCCAAUUUCUACCAGUCAAGAUUUUACCAACACAACUGUAACAGAGGUUUUCAACCAACACUGAUGUUCAAUCAUGAUAAAGUGUCUCCUCCCCUACCAGGAACAGCUGCCAACAAGUCAUCCAGGCAGACACAGCUUCCGGUAUUAAAGGAACCAGCAAGUCAGAGCACGUCCAAUCCAUACACAGUACAGCCUCCGAGUCAGGUGCUUAUUCAAGAAACACGUGGAAGAACAGCUGAACCAUUGUCAGGACGGACUAAGAUCCCAGUGCUUGACCAUAGUACACGAGGAAGGUCUUCUCGGCCAAUAACUGGACGUGCUCAGAAUCCAGUUUCCCAGGGACAAACAAGUAGAGGCGUCUUCAAACCAAUGACAGGACAGAAGCAGGACCCAGCUCCCAACCAACCAACAAAUAGUAGGAACUCUCAGCCAGAAUCUGAACCGAUUCCGACCUUGCGUCCAAUCAGAGAUGACAUCUCCCAGGCCAUCACUGUCCAAAACCACCAAAGUGGAAAGGCCUCCUAACCAACUACAAGUCGAAGCCAGAAUCAUGCCCAUUCAGUCAGUGCCUCCAGAUCUUGGAGUACUGCAGCACCGUUCCUCCAAUAUUCAAAACUGUCUCAUGAAACCAUCAUUUUAAUUCUUCGAGCAACACCACUUGCAUUGUGUUUGAAUUUACAGUAAAAACUGGGGACACAGCUCUGUGUACAAUUCCAGGCUCACAGAAAUAGCUGCUGUAUCUAUAUUUCCACGGACUAUAUGCAAGGUAAAGUUCGUUCCAUUGAUAGGACAGAAAACAAAAUUCAAACAUUGUUGAAAUGCGGUAUUAAUGCAUAAUUGGUCGAGCGUUCUUUAGGCAUCAUCACGUGUCGCACAUUUGGGUAUAAGUAACUUGUGAAGAAUAAGUUGGAUAACAUAUCACGCUAUGCCUGAUGUAUAACACUAUAAACUGUUCCUGUUUGCCCGUGUAACAUCUUUACAUAUGUUCUCUAAGAUUUUGCUCUUCGCUUAAGUUGGGAUUGUGUUAUUUGUGUGUAAAUAGUUGAUGUAAAAUGAAAGAAAAAAGUUUUAUUGUU